ACGGAUAUCCUUUACCAUGCAACAUCAAGAUUUCAGACUUUGAUUGUGUCCCAGUAAAGUUGUCUGAUCAGUACCUAACCACUUUCAGGAAUUCAUUGUGUUGCUCUACAAACGUGCAGAAAAUUACGUGCUCAACGAUCAUCAACGCCAUACUGAAUCUGAGGAGGAACAAAUCCGAGAAUAUCGCGAAGCUAUUGAGACAAUCUAUCACUUAAGGAGUGAACGACGACACACCAAGUCACGGAUUGUUGAGCAAGUUGCAGUGGAGGAAGCUCCAACACUUGUGCUAGACGAAUCCGAUGUAGUUGGCGUUGCUUCAGCAGUAGAAGCUCUUAAGCAGGAAGCGGUCCCAUCAAGAGAUGAGCUCUAUGCAAUCUAUGAAAAAGCUCUAGCUCGACAUAAAAACAUAGUAAUGAAGAGGCAGCAGACUCUACAACAAGAAGACGAUGCGACCGAGUCCAUCAAUACAGCUACGGAAAAUUCCGAAGAAGAAUUGGUAGAAAAUGUGGCCCUGCGAGAUAAUGCUUGUGCCGCAGCAGCUCAGCCUCAACCAUCUUUGAUUACCUCUGAAGCAGAGCUCAAACAUGUCAUCGAAAAUCUAAACCCAGUGCCGUUGCCAUCGAAAGCUGAAGCCAAAGAGGAGGAAGUUGAAGCUGCAGAAGUGAGAAGCGAACCAAAACUUCGGCCUGUAGUUCCCGUUUCCAAACAUAGUGCUGAGCGUAGAAAUACCUUAGCAAGUUUACCUACAUUGCGGGAAGUGUCUCGGAAAGAUGCCAUAAUCCUUGAUAAAUUUGACUUUAUUGGAGAAUUUGAGAAAAGAUGCGGAAGAAGAAAAUUUGCACAGGGGCAAAAAAUGGACCUACCCGUCAUUGGUAAACCCCACAAAGCCGAUACAAUACAAAGCUACCGCAGAAAGGGUCUCUUCGAUGAUGUUGACUAUCGCAGACCUCCUAAUCUCCCCUGCUGUAACUCACAAGAAGAUGAAGGAUUAAGAAGAGCUCACAAUAUAUACACAUGUCAGGAGGAAGAAAAUCUAGCUGAUGCCAUGAAUAAGGAAGAAGAUUUACAGAAUAACAACAAUUCGUUUGAUUCUUACUUGACUGAGAAAAUUAUAAGAGCGGUUCUAGCUGAAAAGCCAGUAAGUCCAAUCUCUCCUAACAGGAGAAUGUCGAUGAUCAGCUGA